UCCAUAAGAGAGCGAGAACAAAAAAGAAAAAGAAUUGAAACAAAGCCGUGGAGGGGCGAGAGAAAAGAGAGAGAGAGAGAGAGAGAGAGAAUCGGUUUUGUGCGACUUGAGGCGAACCCUCUCUGACCGACGACGAGAUGGACGGUCCACCUCCUCCCCCCCCUCCGCAUGGCGAGAACCCGAACACUACGCACGGCGAGUACCGAAAGGCGUCUGAUCUGCCCCAGGGCAACUACGACAUCUUUAUCAUCCCCCCGCAUUCCUCCGGGGGCGGCUUCAUCUAUCUGCCCUCACUGCAGUGCCAUCGCAAUAGCUUCCUCGCAGGUUCGCUGAGUACUCUCGUGGCCGUGGCCAUCUGGCAUUUCAUCUCCCCCUUUAUCAAGACCUGGUACACGCUCGCCAUACUUAGCGGGAACGGCGUGGUCAUUCUCAUCAUCGCUAUUGUCGUUGGCAUUGCGGGUUGGGCCUUUGGCGCCGCCCAGAUCAGCUUCGACAGGUUCCAAGGAAACAACACUGACAACAAUACCAAUCACAAUAAUUCUCGCCCCGGAGGAGGAAGAAGUUGGUUUGGUGGCGCGGGCGGCGGGUUCGGUUCGCGCAGUGGUCCCCCACCUCCCAACGGUGGCGGUGAUGGAUCUUUCCGUGGCCACUCAUCUCGUCCAAGUGGUGGUGGAGGUGGUGGCUAUAAUACGGGGGGACCUGAGGCAGGCGGGCAGAACUACAGUGGUGGUUCUUUUGGUGGUGGUGGUGGUGGUGGUGGUGCAGGAAGAGGCGGCAACAACGGUGGACCGUACCCUAGAAACCAGUACAGUACCGGAGGCCCUAGUAGUUCUUCUUCCUCCCCUCCUCCUCCUCCUCCUCCUCCUCCUCCUCCUCCCCAGCCAGAGUCUCCGCCACCACGACCUGGACCCGAAGCGCCACCGAAGAGCGCACCACCUCCCCCUCGGCCAGACCCCAAGAGCUCUAGCAAUGCGGAAUGGGAGAGGGCGCGCGAUGAGGCGAAACGGAAGGAGGAUCUCCGCAAGAAGAUGGAAGAGUUCCGCAAGAAGCGCGAGGCCGAGCAACGCGAGAAACAGAAACAAAGGGACCGCGAGGCAAUGGAGAAAGAGCUGAAGGAACGGCGCGAGCAGCUCGAGAAGGAGAUGGCGGCUGCCAGAGAGGCUGCCGAGCGUGAGGCCCGGGAGAAAGCAGAGAAGGAGGCUGCCGAAGCCCGGGCGAAACGAGAAGCAGAAGAGGCUGAAGCCCGGGCGAAACGAGAAGCAGAAGAGGCCCUUGCCCGUGCCGAACGAGAAGCUGCCGAAGCCAAAGCGCGUGAGGAACGAGAAGCCGCGGAGAAGGAGGCGGCAGAGAAGGAGGCUGCUAAGCGCGAGGCCGACGCCAAGUUUGCGGCCCUCAAGGAGGCCGCGGCGAAGAAGUACGCGGAGAAGAAGGCCAAGGAUGUCGCUGCGGCCAAAGAGGCUGCGGCCAAAGAAGCAGCAGCUAAAGAAGCGGCAGCCAAAGCCGCGGCCGCUGCUACGCCUACGCCUGCGCCUGCAGCAUCGACGACGGCGUCUUCGGUGAGGAGCGGCACGACAAGAACGUCCAGCUCGACGGGGACGGCCCGUCCGGCUUCUGCUACGCCAGGGGUUCGUGCUACAGCCACGGCUGGAAGUACAGGCAGUGCAACUCCGACGAUCCCACGAACUCCAUCACCGACCAAGGCACCCUUCCCCAGCGCCCAGACGACGACAGACGACGACGCCUACUCCUUCCGCCCAUACGACCGGCCACGACGACCGUACGCAGGCACCUCGGGCUCAUCCGUGUACUCGGAGUCGUCGUAUGCACCCUCGCAGUCGACGGCGCGGACGACACCACCUCCCUCGACGCAAGGUCCCUAUGCGACCAAGGACCCGGACAAGAUCGUGAUCCGGGGUGUGUACGCGUUCAACAACGCGUUCCAGCGGACGGCGAUCGCGCAGCUGGUGUCCGGCCAGGGCAUUGUGACGGACGGGCUGAUCCUACGCAUCACGACCGAGGGCCUCUUCAUCGACGACGACGUGCGGGGGGUGCCGCAGCGCGAAUGGGAUGUCAAAGCAUGGACCAUGAAACUUGUCGAGAACGCCGAACAUCGCGGCCUCCACGUCGUCCGAGCCAGCCUCCGAGACCAGGAAGGCAAACGAUAUGUCUUUGUGCUCCCGGAGAGCGAAGGGUGGAAAGUGGCCAUCGGCCUGCAACGGCUGCGCAAGGGAUCGCAGGUGCGGGCGUUGGGAGUGUCAACGAUUGCGGCGCCCGAGUGUCGGACGAUCCUCAGCCAUUUGGGGUAUAUUUAGUCUCUUUUUCUUUUUUUUUUUUUUCUGUUGUUGUCUAGCGGGCGUUGAUAUGAAUCUUAUGAUGUACAUGAGUUGGUAGUAUGUAGUAAGCUGAUCUGUGGCGUCCUGUAGAGUAAUUGUGUUGCCUGAA